CAUUGUCGCCGAUUGGCUGCUAGUGGCGCGAAACUAAACACGUGACGUCGGAGUUUGCCGCGAAAGUUUAGCAUUGUCCUGAGCAGAGCAGCAGCAGACCAUGGACGUUUCCGAAUCUAACGUGGCCGCCGCGGCCGGAGGAGCAGCAGCACUCGUCAGGGAUGAGGUGGCCGAGAAGUGUCAGAAGCUCUUUCAGGACUUCCUAGAAGAGUUUCAGAAUGUUGAUGGGGAGUUGAAGUACAAGAAUGAUGCAGAGGAGCUGAUCCGUCCUGAGCGGAACACUCUGCUCGUCAGCUUCCAGGACCUGGAACAGUUUAAUCAACAGCUGGCUACCACUGUCCAGGAAGAAUUCUACAGAGUCUAUCCAUACCUGUGUAGAGCCGUAAGAUCUUUUGCCAGAGACCAUGGAAACGUGCCACAGAACAAGGAAUUCUAUGUGGCUUUCCAAGACCUUCCUACCAGACAUAAAAUCAGAGAGUUGACCACACCCCGCAUUGGCUCCCUUAUGAGGAUCAGCGGUCAAGUUGUCAGGACUCAUCCUGUUCACCCAGAGCUGGUUAGUGGGACCUUUAUGUGUCUGGACUGUCAGACUCUGGCCAGGGAUGUGGAGCAACAGUUUAAAUACACCCAGCCCAGUAUCUGCAGGAACCCGGUGUGUGCAAACAGGAGGCGGUUCAUGCUGGACACAAACAAGUCGAGAUUUGUUGACUUCCAGAAGGUUCGUAUCCAGGAGACACAGGCAGAGCUUCCCCGUGGCAGUAUUCCACGGAGUGUGGAAAUUAUUCUGCGGGCAGAAGCCGUGGAAUCGUGUCAGGCUGGGGACAGGUGUGACUUCACAGGAUGUCUUAUCGUUGUCCCAGAUAUCGCUCAGCUAGCUACUCCAGGUGUUCGUGCAGAGACCAGUUCCCGAGUCGGAGGAGCAGAGGGUUAUGAAGCUGAAGGAGUACGUGGCCUCAAAGCCCUUGGUGUCAGAGAUUUGGCUUAUAAGCUUGUAUUCCUUGCUUGCUAUGUCGCGCCAACAAAUCCCAGGUUCGGUGGCAAGGACCUUCACGAUGAGGACAUGACGGCGGAGAGCAUUAAGAAUCAGAUGUCUGUGAAGGAAUGGGAGAAGGUGUUUGAAAUGAGCCAAGACAAAAACCUGUACCAUAAUCUGUGCACUAGCCUCUUCCCUACUGUACAUGGGAAUGAUGAGGUGAAGAGAGGCAUUUUACUUAUGCUGUUUGGUGGUGUCCCAAAGACGACUAUGGAGGGUACAUCUCUACGUGGAGACAUUAAUGUGUGUGUUGUUGGAGAUCCAAGUACAGCUAAGAGUCAGUUCCUCAAGCAUGUUGAGGAGUUCAGUCCACGGGCGGUGUACACAAGCGGGAAGGCAUCCAGCGCUGCUGGUCUGACAGCGGCAGUAGUGAGGGAUGAAGAAUCUCACGAGUUUGUUAUAGAAGCUGGAGCCCUGAUGUUGGCUGACAAUGGUGUCUGUUGUAUUGAUGAGUUUGACAAGAUGGAUCUCAAGGACCAGGUAGCAAUCCAUGAAGCCAUGGAACAGCAGACCAUAUCAAUCACCAAAGCUGGUGUUAAGGCUACACUAAAUGCAAGGACGUCUAUCUUGGCUGCUGCAAAUCCUGUUGGCGGUCGUUAUGACAGGUCAAAGUCCCUAAAACAGAACGUAAAUUUGUCUGCUCCGAUCAUGUCUAGAUUUGAUCUCUUCUUCAUCCUGGUUGAUGAAUGUAAUGAGGUGACCGAUUACGCCAUUGCUCGACGUAUUGUUGACCUACACUCUAGGAUUGAAGAAUCUAUUGACCGAGUUUACACCCUUGAUGAAGUCCGCAGGUACCUGCUCUUCGCUCGACAGUUCAAACCCAAGAUCUCUAAAGAAUCUGAGGAUUUCAUAGUAGAGCAAUACAAGCGACUGCGUCAGAGGGAUGGGUCUGGCGUUACCAAGUCAGCCUGGCGGAUAACUGUUCGACAGUUGGAGAGUAUGAUCCGGUUGUCAGAGGCGAUGGCCAGAAUGCACUGCAGUGAUGAGGUGCAGCCAAAACAUGUGAAAGAGGCUUUCCGGUUGCUGAAUAAAUCUAUUAUUAGAGUGGAAACUCCUGAUGUGAACCUGGAUCAGGAUGAAGAAGCCAUAGAAGAGAAUCAAGAUGGCAUCAAUGGAGAUGCUGGAAUACCCAAUGGCCAUGUGAAUGGAAUAAAUGGCAACACGCAGAGUGAGCCACAGGAGACUGCAGCUAAACCGUCCUUCCGCCUCGGAUUCACAGAAUACAAGCGGAUUUCCAACUUGUUGGUACUGCAGUUGAGGAAGCUGGAAGAUGAGGAUGAGUUGUCUCGGAGGAAAAGUGAGCUCAUUAACUGGUAUCUGAAGGAGAUUGAAUCUGAAAUUGACUCUGAAGAGGAACUCAUUAACCGGAAGCAAAUAAUUGAGAAGGUUAUCCAAAGGCUUGUCCAUUAUGAUCAAAUCUUGAUUGAAUUGUCACAGACUGGAUUGAAAGGGUCAACUGGUGAAGAGGAAACCACAAAGGAAGAGGAUCCUUAUUUGGUUGUGAAUCCCAACUAUAUACUGGAGGACUAGACCGUGCAUUAUACUUUGAAAGACUUGUAUUUUUUUUUCCCCAAGCUCAAGUGUUGAACUAGCCCUGGAUCUUCAGAACUGCUGCAAUUAUGUGACCAAUGACUUUUUCAACAGUUUUAUAAAUUUUUAUUGAGCAGGUUUUAGCCAGACUUGUUUUUAUCUGACUAUUUCAGAGGAUGGCUUUGCUAAAUGAGGACUUGCCAUUUUGAAACCACCUUUGAAAUGAAUGUGCUCACAGACCAUUGCUGUGGACUGUUGGAAUAAGUGACACAAGGACGGUAACAGUUUUUUUUUAAAGGGGUAAUAACUAUGCCCUUUGGUUAAAAGUAUAGGUCACCCAUUGUUAGGUAAAGCUGGGCCUAGUGAAUGUGUUCAAUAAAAUUACUGCCCCACUAGUUCUUAGACAACUGGUACACUUUAACGGGCAUGCCUUUUUUGUUUGCAAACAAGCUUAUCCUGUUUUACCCACAAUUUUAAAACCCUUUAUAUACCUUAAUGUGUAAUUACCAUAUACAUCUCGCUGUUAUACAGGCUGACCUGACUUAUUAUGUUGUAGAUUGGUUGAAAAUAUGUUCCAUUGUCUGAAAAAUAGUGAAUAAAAUGCAAUAUAUGAACAAA